AUGCCCUCGCGUAGUCGCUCGCGUUCAGCUUCUUCGGCAGCGUCGCGAAGCCCUCUUCGCCGUCACGGUGCUGAUGACGAUUAUCAAAGACGGCCCUCUCCUCUGCCACACCCGUCUCGCCGCCGGUCUUCGCGGUCUCCCUCCUCUCGACACGCGCGCUCUCGCACAAGAUCUCCAUUAAGGUCACCUCCACCACGGCGCCCAAGGUCUCUCCAGAGCCACGGGAGAAGCUAUAGCCGCGGAAGAAGUGCAUCGCUAGCUCGAGGCGAUCGAGACAGGCGGAAUGGCCGCCGCGGUAGCAGGCACAGUGAAUCCCGCUCCAGGUCGCGGAGUCCGUAUUCGUCCCGGAGCCGCAGCGAUAGUCCUCCCAUUAGGGACCGACAGCGUGGUAGGAGCUAUACAAGAAGCCCAAGUCCCGCCCCAAGACGGAGUGCAAAGAUUGUCGUGGAGAAACUUACGAAAAACGUAAACGAAAACCACUUACGCGAGAUUUUUUCUGCAUAUGGAGAGAUAGAGAGCCUCGAGUUACCAAUGAAUCGGCAGUUCAUGACCAACCGCGGAGCUGCUUAUAUCCACUACCGUGAGCCUGCGGACGCUGAGUCGGCGAUAGCCCAUAUGCAUGAAGCCCAACUUGAUGGUGCCGUUCUCAGCGUCUCCAUCAUCCUCCCCCGGCGUACAUUUUCGCGCUCCCCGCCGCCAGCCACUAGGCCACCCCGUCCGGAACAUGGGAAUGGACGGUAUGGAGGUUUUAGUCGCGGUUCAGCCUUGUUAGACUCAGGGAGGCCACCACCACCGUCUUCACGGUACCGCUCGCCGCCUCCCCGCGGUAGAUUCCGUGGUGGCCGCGGUUCUGAACGACAUGAUAUAUAUCGUCCGCGAUCAGUAUCUCGGUCACGCUCUCCACCCGGCAGAGCCCGGUCUCACUCAUACUCUUCAAGAUCCCCUUCAGCAACACCACCACCAAUAGAAGUCGAAGCCGAUCUCCCAGCAGGGCCCGGGACCGUUAUGGACGAUAGAGAAGCUACCACAAGGCGCAGUCUAUAA